AUGAAGAUACACCUUAACGCUUCGAAAACAAUUAGAGAAAAGAAAAAUGGCGUCGGUUUUGACUUGCUGCUGAAAAAGGAAGCUCGAAAUCAAAGAGAUUUGAACUUAGUUGAAUUACCAAAGGCAAGAAAGAGCAGUUUGAAAUCACAAGAGUGGAAAGCUGGAUUGUAUCCAGUGGAAAUCCUGUCCAGUCCAGAAGAUGGUUAUGUCAAAGUUCAUUUUACAGGAUGGAGUGCAAAGUACAACACUAUCAUCAAAGAGGCAGAACUUGAGACUAAUGAAUGUGAGGGGACACAGUCAAUUGUGAAUGUGGGUUCAAUGAUCAAGGACAGUCUGACAACAGGUUCAAGACUGGACAGCAUUGUAAGGCUAAAAACUCCUAUGGAUGAAAGGGAUUUUUCUUGUCUUCAAGAAAAGCUACACAUGUUAAAAAAAACAAAAACAAAAACUGUGUACAGCUUAAGGUCACGCUUCGACUUGAACUCUAAUUUUGGGAAACAUUGGGAUUUUAGGAUACUUAAUAAGGAAGGAGAUUGUGUUUAUAUUAAAACAGCAACAGUUAAGAUUUAUCAUAAAUCUCUAAGAGAAUCCAAAGAAUUUGUUGUCCGAAAGACUGGUGGUCAGCUCAGGAUUGAAGAAUCAUUUCGGCCAAGGGGCAAACAAGUCAUAGUUAGUUUUGUGAAGUGCACUGGCAACUACAGAAUGUUACCAAAUUUGAUGGAUGACCCUCUCUUGUAAUGCCAAAGUUAACAUUUAAAAAAUGAUCAUCAUUUCUAGAGAAGAACUUUUUAAUAUACUAUUGAAAAACUAUUGGAAUAAACCAUUAAAUAUACCAACUGUUAAAGAAAUAUCAACAGCUAUUGAAAGCAUCUGUACAUUGAAAU